UCCUACUGUAAAACCAAUAACUGGGAAUUAAAAACGCAUUUGAAAUAAUUCAGAUCAGUUUCUGGACUAAUUGUGAACACUGUGAGCUUUGAGACAUUUGUCAGAUACUGAAACGAACUUAACGGAAAACGCGUGAAUUGCGUGCAGCAUCAGCGCAAUGUGGCAACAAAGGUCUAGUUACGAACAGUCCAACGUCUUAGACGUUACGAUUCAGUGCCAGUUUAACGUCGCUACAAAGAACGUCAGGGAAUUUUCUACGACGUAUUCGGCGCCACCUCAGCAGACGACAAAUAAUGCUUUUCCCGCCACGUGCGUCAGGAGACCACACACUACUGGAACUAUGAAUCAGUGUCGUUUGGAUAAUAUUACACCUACAAAACCUAGUUAUCAGUGUGAAUUUCAAGCACAUCAACGUUACUUUGGUGACUCUGUGCCGUUUGAAAGUUCUUGUGGAUUAAUAAGUGAACAGUUGUCUCCAAAUGUUGCACAGCACGUGUAUUCUGCUUCUGUUGGAUAUAAUAGUAGUGGUACUGGAUAUUUCUCUUCCUGCAUGAAUGACUCUGGCUAUGGUAGUCCGCUCGCGCAACUCGGGCACGAGAAGAACUCCGCGUUCACUCCAUGCGUUGAACUUUCUAGGCAGACUGAGUCGGGUUCGCCAGUGUUUGAAAGUGUUAAGCAUACAUCAACUCGUUCAGAUAUGUUUAAUCAGUCUGAAAAUGAACUAAGGUCACCCAUGCACUCUGGUGAAGAAACGUGUGAAACGAAAAUAGCUAUGCGCGAAAGGGAUGUUAUGCAGCGGUUAUUCUCUCUCAGAUACGUGGACAGCAAAGCGGCUGAUGACAUUGAAAAGUACUACCAGUCGCAGACGACAGUGAUUGACUUGGAACGCCACAACGUGUUGUGUCAGAUGGCGUAUGAUAAGGUUAGCUCAGACUCAAUAAACAAGUAUUACAACCUUAAACUCUUGUCUCUUCUUGAAUGUGUCGAAGGAAAACUCUCCGCGUGUGAAAGCAAAAAGUGCAAAGGAACUAAGUGCAAAACGAACACUGACGGAAAAUCUCGUCUGCUUCCAAAGCACGCGGUAAAAGUGAUGCAAACUUGGUACGAAGAAAAUCUUGAAAAUCCCUACCCUUCAAGGGAAGUAACUCUAUCAAUGGCUUCAGAAGGGGGAGUAACUGUUGAACAGAUCAGAAAAUGGUUCGCAAAUAAGCGCAACAGGUCGAGGAACAAUAAGUUGAAAGCUUGUGAUAUGGAAACUGACAUUCAGUGAAAACUGUACUGUGUUACCUAAUAUAUAGUGCGAAUAUCAUAUUUACAUACAAAAUGCUUUCGACAACGAUCCAUGAACUUUAAAACUUUAUUUCUUGUGGAAUUAUAAAAUAUUGGAAAUUUAUUAUUGUUUGUGUUGAAUGGCCUAUAAAGACAUCUCUUAUUAAUCUUAAUGACGCUGUUUUUAUAUAACAGAAUUUGAAAGAAACCAGAAAUACUUGUUAAAUAGGCUAGGUACUUAAUUAUUUCAAUCAUUUCAACACUGAAUAUGUUACCUCUCUCGAGAAAAUAUUUUUCAAGGUUAUCUGAAUUAGUUUACAAUUUUGUUGACAAUGAAAUAUACUUUAGCGGAGGUAAUCCACUGGGAAUAUAUUCUCUUCAUUCAAAACAUUGUAUAUGUACUGGAGUAAAUGUAAUCCUUGUAAAAUAAUACUGAACGAGAAGUAACAAGUUAAAAUUCAUAGAGUUUUACUGUUGCCAUUAGAUUACAGUUCAAACUGUGAUUAUUUAAGUCUUACGAUAUGAUAAAGAUUAUCUCACAAUAUGACAUUUACCAAAGACGUAUUUAUCUUUAUGCUAAAGAUUUGUUGUUUUAUGUGUGUUAAUAUCACUUAACUGUCAAUUGCUGCUGAUUUUUUUUAAUUCUAUACUUUGAUAAAUUUACAGUUUAAACUUAAUUUCACAGAAAAUGGUGAUUUGUCAUAAGAUAUAUGUGUCUAUAGAAUAUCACUGAAGACUGUUACACUGUGGAUGGCACCUAUAAAUGUAAUUUGUUAUUGAGACUUUA